UUUCCCCUACUCGCGUCACUGACCGUACACGUGUCCCACCAUUGCAACCAUCUCUCUCUCUCUCUCCAUCUCCAGUCCAGCUCGGCGUUUGAAUUCUGCAAUCUGAGAAGUGGGAAGACAUGGAGAGAUUACCAGUGGAUUUGUGUCUGAAGAUCUUCUGUUCGUUGGAUCACCAGAACCUCGCAAAUGCUCAGCAAGUUUGCAGGAGGUGGAAAUUGUUGGCCUCAGACAAUAUUAUAUGGUCCAACCUAUUUGAAGAGCGAUGGGGAAGAGAUCAUGCUGCAUUCUAUGCCCCUACAGAUUCCAAGUCAUGGAAAGAUGCAUAUGAAGUGCAAGAUCGAUGUGACCGAGUUGGACUAGGAUUGAAGAUUAUCAGAGAAGGUGGAGACUAUUACCUCAUCCACCAAGGUGAAAUUCAAUUCCAUCUGGGCUCAAAACGCCAGCGCAAGGGAACAAAUGGCGGUUUACUCAAGUCAGAAAAAGACUUGCACGGAGAAGGAUCUCUUCUGGAGGAACCCAGCCCUGGGAUUCUUGACAAAAUCCUGUUCUUCAUUGGGGACUUGGAAGCAGCCUCAGUAUGUGCAAAACGUAGCCGGGAGGUCUAAAAUGGUACUCAACCAUGCAUCCUCCAUCUUCUAACUUAAAAACAUUUUUUGUUUCUCGUCUGUAUACGUGUACACUGGUGUCGAUGUCGCAAGGGCAAUUAGGAUGUUGGUUUUAUGUUUAUAGGAUAAUGGAAGCACAUCCCUUCUUUUGGUGGUAUCCGAGACACAAACUUCAAAUACCUUGAGUCCAUCAGUCUCUUGGAAACCUCAACUUCAUGUUUCAAAAUUUGCAGCACUGACAGUGCUUGUUUCUCUCAAGAAAAGAUGCACCGAGUUUUGUUUUUUCUUUUCCUGUUCAAAAGGGUUAACCCAAUGCCAAGGGGCCCGAGGGCCUCAUCCAAACUCCUACUAGCUC